GUGUUCGCCAGAGUGAUAACGCACAAUCGGAAGUACGCACACUUCCCCGCGAUUCUUAUCUUCUCUUAUAAUCGCUCUCUCAUCCGUUCUCCCUCCUCGUUUUCUCCCUGCAUUUCAACGACGAGCUGUUGUGAAACGGAACUCUCAGUGAAACGCUCGAGGGUCCCCUUCUUCUGGACGCGGGCAAGGAAAACCACACAUUCGAGCCUGGCACGUGACACGCUUCAGCUGGCGACGACUAUCAUGCUGGCCGGGAUCUUCAAAGGCAACAAUGAGGAAGCUGAAUCGACGUAACGCUCCACGCCAGGAUGGCCGGUUGGCCGUUCAGCACCGCGCUGCUGUUCAGCAUCCUCAUCCUUGUUCGCGGACGAGGAGUGGUGCUGGACAGCCAAGGGCCGGUGCUGGUCUCAGAGCCGCGCUCGAGCGUGGAGUUUUCGAACGACACCGGGGCGAUGAUCCAUUGCUCGGCCCACGGCAGUCCCUCGCCGAGGAUUGACUGGCUGAUGGGUGACGGCUCGCCGGUUCUGCCGAUACCGAACAUCCGUGAGAUGCUGGUGAAUGGCUCCAUGUACUUCCUACCGUUCGGCGCGGAGAGCUACCGGCACGACGUACACUCGGCCGUCUAUCGGUGCCAGGCGUCGAAUAGCGUCGGCAAGGUGCUCGGCCGUGAAAUCACGGUGAAGGCCGUGGUACGCCAGAAGUACGAGGUACAAGUGCGAGAUGCCUACGUCCUGGCGGGUAACACAGGGGUGCUCAGGUGCGAGAUACCGGCCUUCGUUAAGGAGUACGUCGCGGUCACGUCCUGGCUGAAAGACUCGGCCUUCAACAUUUACCCGUCCGCAGAGAGCGGCGAGAAGCACCAUAUGCUGCCCACCGGAGAGCUGCUCAUCUUCUCGGUGACUCCAGCCGAUGCUCACUCGACCUACCGUUGCCGCACUGUACACCACGUUACCGGUGACACCGUGGAAAGUUCCUCGUACGCCAGACUCGUGGUUACCGAACAUCGCAACUCGUCGCCGCCGCGAUUCAACGAGCGGGUGAAUCCCGGGCCGAUCCGCACCGGUGAGACGAUUGUAUUAUCGUGCAUCUCGCAGGGUAAUCCGCCACCGACGUACCUCUGGUUCCGCGAAUCCGUAUCGGGCACGACGAUGGUCUUCAACUCGGAGAGGAUACACGCGCGUGCCGGCGUUCUGGUGCUGCAACCGGCCCGGAUCGAAGAUGCCGGUAGAUAUGUCUGCCAUGCAAACAAUACCGCUGGUUCCGAGCGAGUUGAGCUGGAAGUCACCAUCAUAAGCAGCCUCUCUAUCCAUCUGGCGCCUCAACAGGUGACGGUGGAUCUAGGGAAGGACGCGGAAUUUCAGUGCUCCGUCACCGGUCAGCCACAUCCGGUGAUCUCGUGGGCGAAGGACGGUCUUCCUGUGCGGGAGGGUUCGUCGGGUAGGAGCAAAGUCACGGGUAAUGACGGCUCGACCUUGCGUAUCUCUUCCAUCGUGAGAGACGACAAAGGAAUGUAUCAGUGCUUCGCCAAAAACGAUUACGAGAUGGUGCAAGCCACAGCCGAAUUACGUUUAGGAGAUGCUGCGCCCCAACUUCUUUACAAGUUCAUCGAGCAGACGAUGCAGCCGGGUCCUUCGGUGUCACUCAAGUGCAUCGCGAUGGGCAAUCCUACGCCGCAUUUCUCCUGGACACUCGAUGGAUUUCCUCUUCCGCAAAACGACAGAUUCAUGAUAGGCCAGUACGUGACGGUGCACGGCGACGUGAUAUCCCACGUGAACAUAAGCGCCGUGCGGGUGGAGGACGGCGGUGAGUACAGGUGCUCGGCGGUGAAUCGCGUCGCGAAGGCGCAUCACGCAGCUCGGCUCAAUAUUUACGGGCUGCCUCAUGUGCGAACGAUGGGAAACUACGCUGCUGUGGCCGGCGAGACGACCGUCAUCAAGUGUCCCGUCGCGGGCUUCCCAAUCGCCAGCAUCACUUGGGAGAAAGAUGGUCAAAUAUUACCAACCAGCCGACGUCAGGAGGUAUCUGCGAACGGCACGUUGGUGCUGCAUCGAGUCGAUAGCAGCACCGAUCGCGGCGCAUACACGUGCACCGCGAAGAACAAGCAAGGUCGUUCCGAUUCGCAGACCAUUCACAUAGAAGUCAAAGUACCGCCUAAAAUCGAUCCGUUUAGCUUUCCCGACAAUAUCCAAGCGGGCGCGCGGGUGCACGUGACCUGCGCGGUCAGCGAGGGCGAUUCACCUCUGAAGAUCACCUGGCUGAAGGACGGCAGGCCGUUGAAGCCGCGGGAGGCUACCACGCACCAGAUCGGCGAGUUUGAUCUCGCGUUGAGGAUACAGAGCGCGUCGACCGCGCAUAACGGCAACUAUACUUGCGUAGCAAGCAACGAUGCCGCCAAGACGUCCCGCACGGCGUCCCUCCUGGUCCAUGUGCCGCCACGAUGGGUGGUGGAGCCGCAGGACGCCCGUGCGUCGGAGGGGAUGCCCCGAUUGAGUUUGCAUUGUCACGCUGACGGGUUUCCGCCGCCGUUGGUCACAUGGCGGCGCGGCAGCGGCAAGAAACCUGGCAAUUAUCACGACAUUGCCAGCCAUGAGCACAUGCAGGACCUGAGGAUACACUCCAACGGUUCACUGGUGUUUGGCCGGGUCCAGGAGGAUCAUGAGGGCUUCUACCUAUGCGAGGCUGUAAAUGGCAUUGGAGCCGGGCUCAGUAAAGUCGUUUAUCUCACCGUCAACGUUCCCGCACAUUUUGUGGAGAAGCAUCGUAAUCAGACCGCGAGGCUGGGCUCGAAUGCUUCUUUACGUUGCGAAGCGAAAGGCGACCAUCCUUUGAAGAUAGUUUGGAAGAAAGCAGGCUCCCAAUUGGAUCCUAAGCUUCCCGAUUAUCGUUAUACCCUGAAGGAGGAUAACACUACCGACGGCGCCGUUAGCGUUCUCGGUUUCGUCAGCACUAGCCGCGAGGACAGUGGAAGGUAUUUUUGUAUCGCGUCCAAUGCUUACGGCCGCGACGAGAUGACGAUUCAUCUUUAUAUCCAAGAGCCUCCAGACUUUCCACGAAACCUUCACGUGAUCGAGAAAGGCAGUCGUCACAUUAAUCUAGGCUGGACAACUAGUCAAGACGGGAACAGUCCAAUUACCCAAUACAUAAUCGAGUACAAAACCGAAUCAGAAGUAUGGCACGACCACACGUUCCACACGACGGUACCGGGGACACGUGCUCGCGGCCACGUGAGCGGUUUGCGUCCUGCGGUCACUUACCAGUUCCGGAUGUACGCGGACAACGAACUGGGUCGGAGUCAAGCGAGCGACAUUUUAGAAACGACAACAGAGGGAGAGAAACCGGGUGGACCACCGCGAAAUCUCAAAGUAGACCCCAUCAGCUCGACCGAGUUCAACGUCACCUGGGAUCCGCCCGAUCAUGAUUUAUGGAACGGCGAGAUACUCGGUUAUCAUGUCGGCUACAAGGAACACAGGUUGGGGGCGGAGCAAUACACGUAUAAAACUGUGGAAAGACGGAUCUCGACAGCGAGCGUCGCUCUGGGUUUGGCAAGAACAUCCAUGCCCGGACGUCAGCAUCACUUGACGAACUUGAAGAAGUUCACGCGUUACAGCGUGGUCGUUCAAGCGUUCAAUGCCCUCGGACCUGGUCCCAUGACUCAGGAAGUCGUGGCGUCAACACUCGAGGACGUCCCCAGCAGCCCUCCUCAGGAUGUGCGAUGCACCGCGCUCUCGUCAACAUCCUUACAAGUCUCGUGGGAAUCUCCGCCCGAUUCCAGCCUGAACGGGAUCCUGAAAGGUUACAAGGUCAUGUGGGAAAACAUGGAUGCGAUAACGGAGUCUGUCAAACCAGAGAUGAAGAUCACCACUGCACUAACUGUAGGACUCCACGGCCUGGAAAAGUACACGAAUUAUUCGAUCCAAGUCCUGGCGUAUACCAGAACUGGCGAUGGCGUCGCCUCGUCACCCCUUUAUUGUGUAACCGAAGAGGACCUGCCGCAGGUGCCGGCCGGUGUCAAAGCAGUUGUCAGCUCGGCCACGUCCAUUAUCGUCUCUUGGCAACCGCCCCUGAAGAGUAACGGCAACAUCACCUCCUACAACGUACAUAUCCGCGGAUUGGGAUCGGAGGGUAAAUGGCACAGAAGAGCCCUGCCGCCGUAUCAGACCAGCUAUCAGGCCGAGGAUUUGCACAAGAGGAGCCAGUACGAAUUCACGAUCGCGGCGGUCACCUCGGUUGGCGAGGGUCCGCAAACCCCGUCCGUCACGGUCUCUCCUUCCAGUGAAGUACGCGCCGCCAUAUAUUCGUUCGGUACUACGCUUAUCGUACCGUGGAAGCAAGAUGUAACGCUGCCUUGUCAAAGCGUGGGUAAACCCUCGAUUAAUUGGAAGCAAUGGGGUCAGAUAGUCAAGCCAUCCGCCAGGGUGUCUCUCCAUACCGAUGGAUUUUUGCAGAUCACUGAGCUUCAUAGAGAGGAUAGCGGAAAUUACACUUGCUUCGUGGAGAAUCGCCAUGGCUCCGAUCAAAUAACUCAUCGUUUAACCGUACAAGUUCCACCUGCGGCGCCAUUAUUACACGCGACCAGCACCAGCAGCAAUUCGAUCAACGUACAGUGGAAAAACGGUGACGAUGGCGGUUCACCGAUUCGCGGUUACAUCUUACAUUACAAACGCGAGUCCGGCGAGUGGGAGGAGUUUAAGGUGUCGCACAAAGUGAGCAGCUUUGUCCUGUCACGACUCUGGUGCGGCAACGACUAUCAGAUGUACCUGACGGCGUAUAAUCGCAUCGGCAUGGGCAGACCCAGCGAGAUCGUCAAGGCAACUACGAAGGGCUCCAAGCCGGAUGACUCGCCUGGAACUGGCGACAAGUUUGUUACGGUUAACGUUUCAUGGAUCACCUUGCAUCUCAGCACGUGGAACGACGGAGGGUGUCCCAUAACUUUCUUUGAACUGGAGUACAGGAAAAGCGGCGAGGGUAUCUGGACGCUGGUCUCGAAUAAUAUAGAGGUGCAAAAGACGUAUACUCUGAGCGAAUUGCAGCCGGGGACCACUUAUGACAUCCGCAUAAGAGCCCACAACAAUGCCGGCUCGUCGGUGGCUGAGUACAAGAUAACGACGUUGCAGCCACACAUUAGCACGACCAUGUCCGCCAUCGAGAUCGAUCAUUACAUUCCCCAACACACCUCCGUAUAUUCGGAUCUAAAGCUCAUCGUACCUUUGGUGUUAAGUUCGUUCGCAGUCAUUGCUGCAGCCGGUGCCGUCUUCUACUGUUUCCGCAAACGUCCGUUUAUGGGCGACAUCGGGAGUCUGCAUGACGCGCAAACCGCGGCCGCCCUAGACAAUAAGCAGAAUAUGGAACAGCGUGAACAAUAUUACGCUACCGUGCGUAAACCGCUACGCUCGCCGAUUCACGAGAUGGCCACGCUCGAGAAAAUACCAGAAUAUUCGGAAGAUAUCUACCCGUACGCCACGUUCCAGCUAGAGGAAAGUGUUCCUGCAGGAGGCGACAGUCGCUGCAAUUCUGCCGCGCCUCUUCAGACCUUUGUCUAUCACGACCCUCGUCUCUCCACUGCCGAUACCCUUCAGUUACGAGAGUCGGAUUGCAACCGGUACACUAAGGUGCGCGGAGGCCGUUCGUCCUCUGCGCCGUUGCACAAAGCGCACAAGGUCAGUCAGGGCAAGUCCGAGUCGGAGGAGUACGACACCCUGGGCUCGGACAGCGACACGGAAGUCGGGACCAGCAGCCGAACCGAGUCUUCCAAUCACCUCGUCGAUUCGCACCACUCGGCAUCUGCGGCCGACUCGCGUGUCCACAACUUCCUGUACCAUGGACCAGAAUCUAGCACGUCUACAGAACCCUCACCGAUUUUUGAGAGAAAAUCGUUUCCUGGAAGGGGAAGACCCAAGAUGUUACAGCUGGCGCGUCAUACCAGCGAGGAGGCCCGUGCCAACUUCGGGCCAAUCUCCGGGCUUGGCCAUCCCAAGCACCAGUCGGGCAAUCCCUGUGCCAAUCGGGACCAGGAGCGUGACGGAUCAGGAAACCUGUUCGUCCCCAAGCUGGACCCACCCUCGGGCUUCUCCGACGCGUUUGAGCUAAGCGAGGCCGAGUGCGACUUCGAUCGCGGUCAUAACAGCCAACGAAACGUCCGUGACUUCGUAAUCGCGGUGUAAAUACGUGUAAAAGCCUCCGAUGCGUACACGGGAAUCCCGUCGUAAAAUAAAAGAGAAGAGGAGACAUUAAAAGUAAAUAGAAGAGAAAAAAAGAAGAAUAUAAAGGAAAUAUCGCGCGAGAUUUAUGCAAACCGCGGUCCGUCGUUUCGUUAAUGCGAAUUGGCGUCUCGUAUCCGAUCGCCAGCUAUUCAAGUGAUAAUUCCACGUGCUCCUUCGUCCUGCUCCCGGCCUACGUCGAUGAGAACGCGUCCGUCAGCUCGACGAUCACAUGCUCCGUAAACUGCCACCGGCGUUUCCAGCGAGAUCGAUCCGACGUCAAGAUUAUUUCUCGGCUUAAGUAUUUUAGGGCUACGAUUAGGCGAACGAUCACGAACGAACGCGCUGCGAUUGAUCGUAACAAAGUUAAGUUUAACAGAGAGACAGAGAAUCUAUAAGCUGCCGUUUAUUGGUUCCGCUUGGUGGAAUCACAAAGUUUUAUGUAUCGCGUCGUUCGGGUACUUGACAAAGUACUUGAGCGGACCAGGUCGAGUUCUACAUUGUUGUCUGUUCUAUAUCGUGGCGGAAGAAUUGAAGCGAACGAAAUUCCCGCGAGUCCGCGGAGCGUCUCGACGACGACGAUCCGUAUAAACUGCCACGUUUUAUUCCGCGUUCCGUGUAAUAAUCCAUAGUUAAUUAAAAAUGGCGGCGUUAUACGCGCGAUCCAUAUCCACCUCGGAUUUCUUCCCUCCACGCGACGAUCUUUAUAUUCGAAUAUCUGCCUCCGAUUUGUCGAAGCACACAAAUACGUACACAUUCCCCAUACAAUCUUCUAAUUAUUAUAAUAGCGAAAAUACGACGCGAACGCGCGACGACUGUAAUUAAACUGUAAAAGUCUAACGGUAACUGCCAUCUUACUCUACUACGAAGCGACCAACGACUCCGAAGAGAUCUACGAUCGGCCGAGAUACCCCCGAAUCGUUUUCUGACAAUUGUACGUGUCUCUGGCGCGAGACACUUGUACAUGCAUAUCGAAGCGAGCAAUACGCAACCUCCAAACAUUUUUCCUUGUCUUCCAAUCAUUCUCGUCGAUUCGAUCAAACAUCCAUUCAUCACACCAUCUUCCGCUUCUCCGCGAAGAGUGUUACCGUAUAUGUCUAUGUAAAGAGAAAGUAACGCAAUCAUUCGUCGUUGUCGUCAGUGUCGUUUUAACUUAUCCGCGAGAGACUGAAAGAAGCAUUGUAGUUUAGGUUUACACUUGACAUCUGUCACAAGAGUGAUCACAGGUCUCUGUGGCUUCUGCGAAAGGUAAGCAAGUUUACAACGUCAAUGAAAGGAGACUGUCAAACGCGAGUAUCGUGAAAGAAACGUCGAAUACGGCGAAUGUUGAGCGUAAACCUAGUCUUAGUAGACGAGUUACCACGUAGCGUAAACGUAACGACCGAACAUAAUGUCUGUAAGUUGUCUAUUACUACUGUACCCAUUGUACACUUCGCUCACAAACUGCCGCGUACGUCACACUCCAUCCGAGACCCAGCCCCUCUCCCGACAAAUAAAAGAAGAAAUGAAAAGGAAGAGUUCGAAGAACACGCAAAUGCGAUGCCAGUCUGCGUCGAUUAACGAUCGACGGACCUUAAAGAUGAUGAUGAUGAUGAUAAUCUAAGAAAUUAUUGAAAUACACGAGAAGAGUACUAUUUCGCGAGUGUUAUCGUAAUCUCCGCGAUACUACGUGUUGCCAUCGAAUCAUUUUCGCCAACACGUCACCCGUUGGCUUGUUGGGUUACCGUUCACACUCGGUCGGGUGACGAUGAUUUUUCGGCCAGCCGGUUUAAGUGCCCCCAUGCCUUUCCCUGUUAUUUCGGCCCUCAAGUCAUUCGCGCGAGGUGGAGGAAAGCGAAAGGAGUCGCCCUGUUGAUGAUAUAUCGUCUAUCUUUACGACACACGAAAUGAUUUACCACGAAAUUCGUACUAUUGUGUUUUAGACGACUUUAGAUUGUUUAUAUUCUAUUUACUUUGUAAAAUA